UUGGGUGUCAUGAAAAAAUUUGUCACUGCUUGCAUUGGUGAAAGCACAUAUAAGUGCAAAAGAUUAACAAAAUCUGAUGUUCAGAAAAUUUCUAACCGUCUACUUACAAUACAAUCAUAUUGUCCAUAUGAAUUUGCACGUAAACCACGGUGCAUUGAAGAAUAUAUUCAUUACAAAGCCACCGAAUUUAGACAUCUAUUAUUAUACACCGGUCCUGUCGUAUUUCGCGAUAUAUUAGAAGAUGAUCCAUAUAAACACUUUCUUUUAAUUCAUUCAGCUUCUCGAGCAUUAUCGAAAUCGCAUCCAUGUGAUGGUGACUUAGAGUUCGCAGAAAUGUCUCUCAAAGUUUAUGUGGAAUGCUGUCAACAUAUUUAUGGAGAUACUUUUCUCACGUAUAACAUCCAUGGACUAUUACAUGUAGUAUCAGAUGUGCGAACACUUGGCAAUUUGGAUAAUUAUUCAGCAUUUCCGUAUGAAAAUAAUUUGAUGUUCUUUCGAAAUAAUGAUCAUCAAUCUCAAAUUAAACCGCUUCAUCGACAUUACAAAGGCCCGAUGACAGAAAAUUAUAAAAAUAUAAGU